AUGAGCGCGGCGUUGCUCCGGAGUCGUGCGGACGGCCCUGCGCUGCGGUCAAUUGGGCUUUUAUCGGCUCGAUUGAAUAGCACAAGAGGGCAUCUUACCACUAAACUCCCUCUCACACGUUCAUUGAAUACCGUUCCUCGCCGCCCCCUACCACGACAUGCUUUCGGUCCAACCUUGCAAGCGUCAAUCGCGAUUCGAUUCAAGUCCGAUAAUGCAGCCGGAAAAGCUGUGCCUACCAGAAAAUCUCGCAUUAUGAGAGUUAUUGGCAAGACAUUCUCAUACUGCGGUAUUGUCUUUGCUGGCGCAACAAUCUGGGUUAUUGGGUUCUUUAUCUACGAUGCCAGUACAUAUCGUGAAACCCCCAGUGCGGUGGAUAUCCCUGUAUCGGAAUUAGCGCUGAACCCCCGCCAUGGAGGCCCAAAGAACCUGCCUAUAGCUGAUUUCCUUGUCGGAGAUUAUGACUCUGAGUCAAUGGUCGAGCAGAAAGAUAAGCCUCGGUUGGUGAUUUUGGGCACUGGCUGGGGUAGCAUUGCGUUGCUCAAAAGUCUGAACCCUGGCGACUACCAUGUCACAGUCGUUUCCCCCCAAAACUACUUCCUGUUUACUCCCAUGUUACCCUCUGCUACGGUGGGCACUUUGGGUCUCCGCUCGCUCGUGGAACCGGUUCGUCGCAUUGUUGAUCGUGUGAACGGUCAUUUCUUGAAGGCCGAGGCUACAGAUGUCGAUUUUUCAGAGAAACUGGUGGAGGUCUCACAGGUCGACAAGGAUGGAAAGGCAAGGAGCUUCUAUCUGCCAUACGACAAGCUCGUUGUUGGUGUUGGCUGCAUCACAAACCCCCAUGGUGUCAAGGGUCUGGAGAACUGCAACUUUUUAAAGACGAUCGAUGAUGCCCGCCGGAUUAAGAACCAGGUCCUGGACAACAUGGAAUUGGCUUGUUUGCCCACCACUUCUGAUGAAGAACGCAGGCGUCUUCUGUCGUUUGUGGUGUGUGGUGGAGGCCCCACUGGAGUUGAGUUUGCCGCCGAGCUAUUCGAUCUGCUCAACGAAGAUCUGCUGCAUUCGUUCCCCAAAAUUGUUCGGAAUGAAAUAUCCGUACAUAUUAUCCAGAGCCGUACUCAUAUUCUUAACACUUAUGAUGAGGCACUUUCGAAAUACGCCGAGGGUCGCUUCGACCGUGACGGUGUCGAAGUUUUGACCGGUGCCCGAGUCAAGGAGGUCAGGAAUGACCGGGUCCUUUUCAGCCAGAUGGAAGACGGCAAGGAGAUUAUUAAGGAAAUUCCUACCGCAUUUUGUUUGUGGUCUACCGGAGUCGCUCGCGCGAAAAUAUGCGAAACUCUGUGUGCUAAACUUGACGGCCAGAACAACAAGCACGCCAUCGAAACCGACUCCCAUCUCCGUGUAAUUGGUUCCCCCUUGGGCGACGUCUACGCCAUCGGUGAUUGCUCUACUGUUCAAAACAAUGUUGCUGAGAACAUCAUCCGCUUCCUCCGCACCAUUGCUUGGGAAAAGGGCCUUGACCCAGAGAAGGUCCAUCUGACCUUCCACGAAUGGCGUGAUGUUGCCAACAGAGUGAAGAAGCGCUUCCCGCAAGCCUCAAGCCAUCUUCGCCGUCUGGAUAAACUCUUCGAGCAGUACGACGAAGACCAUUCAGGAACCCUCGACUACGGCGAGCUCUCCGAGCUUCUCCACCAAAUUGACACGAAACUCACCUCCCUCCCUGCAACUGCCCAGCGCGCUAACCAGCAGGGUGCCUACCUGGGCCGCAAGUUGACCAAGAUCGCCUCUGCCCUUCCCGGUAUGAAGGCCAACGAGAUUGAUUACGGUGACCUUGACGAGGCUGUUUACCGUGCUUUCAAGUACAAGCACCUUGGCAGUCUUGCGUACAUCAGUAACGCUGCUAUUUUCGAUUUUGGUGGACUAAGCUUCAGCGGUGGUGUCGUCACUAUGUAUCUGUGGCGGAGUAUUUACUUCGCUCAGAGUGUCAGCUUCCGUACCCGUUGCAUGCUGGCGAUGGACUGGGCUAAGCGUGCCCUCUUCGGAAGAGAUCUCAUGAGCUUCUAA